AUGACGAGGCAACUCACGAAGACUCACCCACGCUACCAGCUGUUUGGCCCUACCACCCGCUGGGGAGCUAGGCCUAGAGCUCUGACAUACAACACCAUCCUAGCCGGGGACUUCAACACCCACCACCCACUCUGGCAGCCGGAGACGGAGGCUCACAACACUACCCCAGGAGCAACAGCGCUUAUAGAGUGGCUGGUGGCCAACGGACUAGCCCUUUGCAUCGAGCCCGGCACCCCUACCCGCGGGCCAAACACCAUAGACCUCGUCUUCUCAGACAUCCCCGUGGAAGCUACAGCAGAGGACCACCUCUCUUCCACGAGUGACCACGCAACGAUACUAAUAACAGUAGACUGGCAGGAACCCCCACCCCGCCGGAAGCUGGGCUCGACCGACUGGGAGAAGGCUAAGGCAUUACUCAACCUGCCGCAUAAGGACCUUCCUGUUGACGACAUAGCCGAAAAACUAGUCAACACCGUGCAAGAAGCCAUCCGAGGCGCAUCUAAAUAUAACACCCGCGGGCUCCCACGUACCCCUUGGUGGACGUCGGAGCUCACAGACCUGCUACGACAGACACGGCAGCAGCAGGCGCCCGACUACCUGCCACUUCGGAGAGCGGUUUCCCGCGCGAAGGCCAGCCACUGGAAGGAGCGGAUCGAGCACGCCACUUCACCCACAGACGCCUUCACACUCGCCAGAUUGCACAGGCGCGCAGACCAGCUCUCCGCUCCCCCCUUUACAUAUCCGGAACGACCGGGUCACGACGCCACAGGGCAAGGCGGACACCUUCCUCACUCACCUCCUAGAGAAGGGAACCUCUCUCCCGCACCAGCAGGAGGAGGGUCCCCCGACUCAGCCCCGAGAUCCAUCCAGAUCCUUACCCAUAGGGUGGAGAGAGCCUUCCAGCAGAAGAAGGUGGCCUCGUUACUACUACUGGACGUGAAAGGGGCCUUCGACGCGAUACACGACUGGCUAUCCGACCGCUCCGUUUCGGUCCAGGUCGGAGACGCUACCGCCACCGCAAAAAUAAGAGGAGGCCUCCCACAGGGGUCCCCGCUGUCCCCAGUCCUCUUCCUCCUAUAUGCGGCGAAGAUAGUCUCCUCGCAAGAUAACUCCUUCUGCUACGCGGAUGACCUAGGGCUACUGUUCUUCGGGGACUCCCUCGAGGAGACAUCCCAGCAGCUAGUAGAAGUAUACAAAACGAUCACCCUAUCUGGAGCAGCAUCAGGUCUCCCAUUCUCCCUAGAGAAGACGGAGAUACAACAUUUCUCGAAGCGGCGGAAGCUGUCCGCGCCUACGGUCACUCUACCAGGGGUAGGCGAGAUUAAGCCAUCCCCAUAUACCCGUUGGUUAGGCGUCUUACUGGACAGCAAGCUCACCUACCGACCACACAUCAACUGGGUCUUCAGCCGGGGCAAGCAGCUCGCACUACAUCUCCGGAAACUCAGCAACACCCAGCGAGGAUGCCCGGUUGCCUCUAUGCGCGCAGCGGUCAUUCAGUGCGUGAUACCGACAGCGUUAUACGGCGCGGAGGUCUUCUACACCGGCCGAGGGCAGAAGGGUCUCAUCGACUCCCUACGCUCCCUACUCCGGCUCGCUGCUCUAGCCAUUCUUCCAGCUUACAGAACAACCCCUACCUCAGCGCUACUCCGCGAGGCAGACCUACCCUACCCGGAAGCCCUCCUCGACGGCGUCCUCCAAAGAGCAGCAGUCCGAUACGCGAGCCUAGACGCUAGGCACCCGAUCGCGAGAGUUACCAUCGAUGCAUACGAUACUAAAGGGACGAGACUCACCAGAAUCCUCCAACGCGUCCCAACGCCGGCACCGGAGAGAGCACGUGUAGAGUCACGUCUCCCACCGCUCCGCAUACUACCUACCACAGACGCAAACAAGGCCGCAUACGCACCAGCACCGCUACGGUUAACGGUCUACUCGGACGGCUCACGCACUGGCCAAGGGGCUGGGUACGGGUUCGUGGUCUACUACGGCUCUAUCCCUAUCACCCAAGGGUAUGGGCCAGCUGGCUCCCAGUCAGAGGUGUACGACGCCGAGAUUAUGGGCGCAGUAGAGGGCCUCCAGGCGGCUGUCAACCUACCCUGUGCAAGCUACUCCACCGGCCUCGUUGUCCUCCUCGAUAACCUCGCUGCCGCUAGCUUACUCGCGGACGGGAGGCCUGCGCCACACAGACGAAAACUCACGGACUUAUUCCAAAAGCUUACUACCCAGUGGGAAUCCGCUCCCUAUAUCCUCAGCACACCCCGCACGCCCGUGGAGGUGCGCUGGAUGCCAGGCCACUCUGGGAUAGCAGGGAACGAGACUGCCGAUGAGCUAGCAAAGAGGGGCGCAGCGUUAGACGGCUCCCAUAUUCCCCCUUCCCCAUCUUACCUUGUGCGCGAAGCAAAACAACAUAUCCGCACGGCAACGCGUGCUGCGUAUACCAGAGACGCACCUCAGGCAUACCGAGACCUAAAUAUCCAACCUCACACCAAGAGCAGCCGCGCUCGGGAACACAGGCUUCCCCGCGGGGUGCUCGGCCGGCUGCUAGCCGCACGGACUGGCCAUGGUGACUUCCAGGUAUACCACGAGAGGUUCCAUCAUAGGGACUCCCUUACGACCUGCUCCUGCGGUAAGCCAAAAUCCCCCGUCCACUUCUUCUUCUGCCCGCCUGCGAGGAAACGCUGGAAGGAUCGAUGGAAAGGCCGAAAGGCCAGCCCAUCUGCAAUGAUAAACUAG